AUGUGCUAUGGUCCCAAUAUAAAGCGGGCCAACAUCACGGCGCGGGGCUGUGGAAAGCAUGACCUGAGCCUCCAAACUGUGCUGGGGAGGACGGUCUACGGCACCGUGAACACCGGGGCAAGGGGCCUGGGCUCCGCGCUUGGGGCACUGGGAACCCCACUUGGAAGCUGCAAGAGGAAACGGAGAGCACCCAGCUCCAGGGUUGAGCAGCUGAGGUGUCAAACAGCACUUCCGCCCUCUGCAAGCGACAAUUUUGAACAGGAACGGUGGCCGCUGGUGCUCCGCUGUCCUCUUCGUUCGGGUGACUGUCGACCGUCUCCAGUCUCCAGUUCUGUGCUGCCCCGGGUCGUGCGUCGUACGGAUGCAGGACACGCGGCUGCCAGCCAGCCACUAGCGCUGCGCCCUGUUCGGAUGCGAGAUUGCGAGAUACUGUUUGAGGAGUGGGACCAUAUGAUGAUUGCAUCUUCCUUGUCCAUCAUGUGCCGACGGACACCGAGGCCCCUCCACAGUGUGGCCGUUGCAGACGUUGCCGCUGUGGACACUGGGAUGCAGGUGCCCCUUCGGAUCACUGGUUCUGCCCACAUGGUACGAGCGCGAAGCCACCGUCCCCGUAGGGCCGGCUCCCUGAGAUCCGCCUUUCCCCAACUCGCCCCCGCCCUGGCUCGGAUGGACUCUGGGUCCACUUUCGCUGCUUCUUACUAAGGUGAGGCUCUUUCCCUCAUUCCCGAGUGUUCUCAAGUAUCUGGCUCGCCAGUGCCUGAGAGUUUUCCACUCAGGGUAGGUUCCCACGUACCCUGAAACAGCGUGGACGGUGGAGUGUGGACCGUGCACGGACACUGACCGUGUGCUCGUGAUGUCACGGCCAGUCCCUGAUGUGAAUGGACGACGGGGACCUGUCUUUCGAGCCUCCCAGACCCAGUUAGGACCAGUGAUUGUUGAGCCCACCGGACGAUGAGGCCUCGUGGUAGGGAACCUCCCGCCCUCCUCCACCCCGGUUCUGCCGGGGCUGGUGGCCUGGCCCUCACGAGGCCACAGGCCACCGGGAGGCAAUAAACACGGCAACCACUGAAAGGCCAUUCGAGGUCGUUCGUGCUGGUUCCGGUAAGCCUUCUUUCGGAAAAGAUACACAAGUUUAAUAGUCAUUUUUAGAUAUUUUCAAGGUAUGUCCGUCACGUCCGAGCAAGCUGCUUGCAAUUAAAUAUGAUUUCACGGAAAUCCAUGCCCUCCAUGCAUAUGGACGUACGCUUGUGCAGAACGCCUCGGGGCGGAUGCACGCAGGCACCGCAGGGGCAGGGAAUGCUCCUCCGCACUUGAGGAAUCUCAGCUCUCAGCUGAACGUGACGCUCUCAUUUCACGUGAGGCCCCAGACUGCAGCCCUGUCCUUUCAAAUGAACGAGCCCGAUCUGCGCAGUAAACCUCAAGGGGCUUUGCGAGCGCGAGAACCACACUACGCGGAACAGGAGUCACCGUGUCCAGCUGGCCUCAUCCUCCCCCCUGGUUUCCACCCCAACCCCCCAAAUGCUCUGUGCUGGAAGCCAAAGUCCACCCUCAGAGCUUCACCUCCCAGCCCUGUGCCUCCUGGCACGUCCUGCGUCAGCCUGGCCGAGCCUCGCCCCCAGGCCCCACACCCGCAGCUCCGGGGACGGCAGGGGGAGCCGGGCCUCGUCCUUCUCCGUCACGCCGCUGUCACCGCACAAGAACGCCAGCAACGGCGUACCCGAAGUGCCACGUAAAACCAAACCCCAAUCUAAAUGCAUCACUUACGGCCCUCACCACCGGUGGCAAAAAUAGCAGGUUUUCAAGUUUUGUUUUUUUGUUUUUUUUAACACAGUAAAGGUCUAAUUAGUAAAUCCUCAAAAGUGUAAACCAAGGACACUUCAUCCAGAGCAUCUGGGCGGCUUGGUCGGUGAAGCAUCUGCCUUCGGCUCGGGUCAUGAUCUCGGGUCCUGGGAUCGAGUCCCGUGUCCUCUCCCUGUGUCUGCUGCUCCUUCUGCUCCUCCCUGUGCUCAUGCUUGCUCUCUCUCUCUCUCUCUCUCUCUCUCUUUCUGUCAAAUAAAAACUGUUUUAUUUUAAAAAAGGCCACUUGGGGCACCUGGUGGCUCAGAGGUUAAGCAUCUGCCCUCUGCUCAGGGCGUGAUUCCUGGUCUCAGGAUCAGUCCCACAUCAGGCUCCCUUCAUGGAGCCUGCUCCUCCCUCUGCCUGUGUCUCUGCCUCUCUCUGUGUCUCUCAUGAAUAAAUAAAUC